CUGGGUAAUGAUUUGUCAUCGCGGGGACCGGGGUGUCUCUCUUUGCAGAGGAAACCUUGGCCGUGAUUGACAGUGGGGCUGUUUCUGCCACUUCCCUCGCUGUUGUCAAGUCAUAAUGAAGCUUUGUCAGUCCAUCAUGGACAUGGAUAUGCCAGACUAUGUCGACUCCUUGGACUCCUCUUAUACCAUGCUGGAAUUCGACAACCUCCGCGUGCUCCCCAAUAACACCGACGCCAUCGCGGCCGAGUCAGCAAACACCAACCUGCUCCCCAACGGUGUCAGCUCCCUGUGCUCCAUCUGCGGGGACCGCGCCACCGGCAAGCACUACGGGGCCUCCAGCUGUGACGGCUGCAAAGGCUUCUUCAGGAGGAGCGUCCGCAAGAACCACGUCUACUCCUGCAGGUUCAACCGACAGUGUGUGAUAGACAAAGACAAGAGGAACCAGUGCAGGUACUGCAGGCUGAAGAAGUGCUUCAGAGCUGGCAUGAAGAAAGAAGCCGUGCAGAACGAGCGGGACAGGAUCAGCAUCCGCAGGAGCAGCUACGAGGACAAUGGCUCUCUCUCCAUCAACAUCCUCACUCAGGCUGAGGCCAUGGCACAGCAGUAUUUAUCCCUGAGCCCCGUGCACAGCACAGACAUUGCCAUGAAGAAGAUUGCCACCAUCAACGACGUGUGUGAAUCCAUGAAACAGCAGCUGCUGGUGCUGGUGGAGUGGGCAAAAUACAUCCCAGCCUUUUGUGAGCUCCCCCUCGACGACCAGGUUGCCUUGCUCAGAGCCCACGCAGGGGAACAUCUGCUCCUCGGGGUAGCCAAGAGGUCCAUACCAUACACUGAUUUCCUGCUAUUAGGGAACGAUUUCAUCAUCCCAAUGCACUGCCCAGAACUGGAAAUCGCUCGUGUGGCCACCAGGAUCUUGGACGAGUUGGUGAAGCCCCUGCGGGACAUCCAGAUCGACGACAACGAGUACGCCUGCCUGAAAGCCAUCAUCUUCUUCGACCCAGACUGCAAGGGGCUGAGCGAGGCGGGCAAGGUGAAGAACAUGCGCUUCCAGGUGCAGGUGAACCUGGAGGAUUACAUCAACGACCGCCAGUACGACUCGCGCGGCCGCUUCAGCGACAUCCUGCUGCUGCUGCCGCCCCUGCAGAGCAUCACCUGGCAGAUGAUCGAGCAGGUGCAGUUUGUGAAGCUCUUCGGCGUGGCCAGGAUCGACAGCUUGCUGCAGGAGAUGCUGCUGGGAGGAACCUCUGCUGAUCUCCAGUACCAGUCAGCACCUCCCAACCUCAACCUGGAGCAGCUGCCAGGACACGUCCUGCAAAGCAACAUGACCUCUGUGAUCCACACUGCUCCAGACCCCUCUCCUGAGACAUCCCUUCCAUCUCCUUCUGCCAGCACAGGCAGUGAAGAUUAUAAGCUAGGCUCUAGCGCAGGGCCCAGCACCGUAGUGCAGCUGCUGCCUCAGCCAGUGAUGCCCAAGCAGGAGAUUUUAUAGGGAGGAGGAAGGAGGAGCUGGGAGCAGUGUGGGAUCCGUGCUGACAGUGAACCCGGCCCUUUCUCUUUGCAGAGGCCAAGCCCAGCACGCCCCUGCCUGCGGCCGCCGCUCCCACCCUUCCCCACCCGUGAGCCCAGGGACAGGGGCAGCAGCAGAGGAGCCUCGCCACGGAAUCCCCACCAGCAGCACCCCCAUGGCACAAGGAUUGGGGUUGGUGCCCUCCUCAGCAGGGCCAGGAGCAGUUUGUGAUCUUUGUGAUCUUUGCUCGGUACCAGCGCGACCCUCGCGGAGCCCGCGGCCGCUCCCUCCAUCAGUCCCAGAGCCUGGCACAGCCCCUGGAAACCCUUCAUGCCCACGGCGUGGCCUGAAUUGGGAUGAAAAGCUCUGUUCCCGGCACAAAUCUAAUCAACUGCACUCCCGUUUCUCCUGUUAAGCUUUAGGAAAAAUAUCAUCAUCGUGCUUGAAGGCCUUAUUCCACCCACAGGGCCUUGUCCCAACAGGGCAGCCAGCACUUAAUGCUGUCCAGUUCUCUUUUAUGAACAGAAAUGCCAACAUUUGCUAUUUUCCAUAAUUUCCAGUCUAUCCAGAGUCCAUUUGUGAGCCAGUGGGUGGACUCUGCCUUGUGAGCACAUCUAACACCAGACAGCAGCAAAGAUCUCUGCCUCUCACCACGGCUGCUGCUCUGGUCAAUCCUCAAAUCAAGGCUGACUUAUCCCAAACCCUGCUUGUUAUCUCCUGCAAACAUUUUUGGAAGAAGCAAGUGCCCCAAAAUACCUUUUUCCAGUACACAGAUGUGAUUUUUCUGUAGUUUUGUGUUUCUUUCUAAUGUCUGCAACGUGGCUCUAAAUUAGCCAGGAAAAGGAACAGGCAAGUCUGUGAGCCACGUUUUAAAAAAAAAGGGUUUCUAUUUAAAACAAGGUGCUUCUGUCUUAAUGUAAAAUUUAAUCAGCAGUUAAACAACAAAAUAAAUCAGCCCAGUGGUGACUACACAGCUUCAAGAGUUCCCAAAGUGCUGUUGUUUGUGCUAUGGAGUUGAUUUGAAUGAAUGAGACCUCAUUAAAAAGCAAAUUAUCGAAUUUCCACAAAA